CAUAAAUUCAGAAAGAAGUGUAGCAGGGUGGUCUGCGUGCCUUUGGGAAUUAUUGAGUGCAUGAGUCUGCCACUUUAUACAUAGGAGCUGGGCGUCAUUUACACAUAAUAACGAACUAGGGACUCUAUUUGAAGGUCCUCUGUCAAUUUGAAAUGAUUGUUUCAAUUUGUGGUUAUCGCAAUGAGUGCGACCGUUGCUUCAGAGAGCUGCUUUCUGUCUGCCCUACAGCCCAACACCGCGGUCACCACUUAUGCAGUCCCGUCCGAUGUGCAGUUGGGACCGAGGGGUUCCAUAAUGGACGAGGUGGAAAGGGCUAAGAGGGUUCAACAACAAGUCAAUUUGCGCCUCGCCGAAAAGAAGUAUUCUACCCUCACACGGCUGAACUGCUCGAACUGCAUUUCCCCAGACCAUGGUGGCACAAUGAGAUUUAACACGUACAACCCCGGAUUCAGCUCUAAGUCAAUGGUGUAUAACACAGGGAGCAGGACCAUGAAGAUGCCCCCGGUAUCCCAGCAGUACUUGGGAGGUGGGUACUCGUCUUGCUCAGCGGUGGAGUUAGGACCUAGAUAUAGAAUCAGCCAGCCUCCAGUCAACAUUGGCUACCUCCACCAUGACGACAUCCAGCUGGGUGGCUACCAGACCAGCCGGACGAGGACCGCCAGGUCCAGAUCAGUUUGUCAGGUGUCUGGCGGGGGCAGUGGCAGUGUGUGCGGAGGCUGGGGUCAGUACCAGAACUCCCUGCACAGUUUAGACAUGCCCACCGCGGUCAACUAUCUCUUCAUGUCCGACACAGCCAUGCAGGUGCUGGGAGCAGCCUACAUCCAGCACCAAUGUUACCAUAGCAGUGAUGCCAAGAACCAGGUGCGUCUGCUGAAGGGUGUCCCAGCCCUGGUGCAGCUCUUCAGCAGUGACAGCCAGGAGGUCCAGUGCUAUGCUACAGGCGCUACACGCAACCUCAUCUAUGAGAACAUGGACAACAAGGCGGCCCUCAUUGAGGCCGAGGGAAUAACCAAGCUCAUCAGUGUCCUAAACGAACCAGAUGAGGAGCUUCACAAGAACAUCACUGGUAUUCUGUGGAACAUGUCCUCUAAGGAGAGUCUGAAGGAGAAGUUGGCCAGAGAGACAUUGAGUGAGCUCACAGAGAGGGUGCUGGUGCCCCUGUGCAGUGGUGGAGAUCCAGAGCUGAUCCGUCAGAGUCCAUCUGAGGCAGACAUCUUCUACAACACCACAGGCUGCCUGAGGAACCUGAGCACAGUGAAUGAGAGGACGAGGCAGCAGAUGAGAGACAUGCGAGGGCUGGUGGACUCGCUGGUGGCCUACAUCCAGAACUCCCUUCAGGAUGAGAAAUCAGAGGACAAAGGUGUAGAGAAUGCAGUGUGUGUCCUGAGUAACCUGUCUUAUCAGCUGUACAGUGAGAUCCCUCCCUCAACCCUACUGCGACUGGAGGGGCCUACGUGGGCCAGAGCCACUACUGGGACUGAGUCCAUUGGCUGUUUCACCCCACAGAGCAAGAAGGCAAAAGAGCGACGGAACCAGGAACUGUCCACCUCAGAGGUGGCUAAGCAGCCGAAGGGGGCGGAGUGGCUGUGGCACCCCCAGGUGGUGGGGCUGUAUAACCGCGUGCUUCAGCACUAUGAGACCAACACGGCAACACGAGAGGCUGCAGCAGGGGCCCUGCAGAACAUCACAGCCGGAGAGACCAGGUGGGCGUCAGUGCUGAGUUGGGUGGCUUUAGAGCAGGAGCGGAUGCUGCCUGUGGUGCUGGACCUCCUGCAGACACAAAGCGACCAGGAGAUGUGUUCCCUCACUGGCCUCCUGAGGAACCUGUCCCGAGACAGCAGAAACAAGAACGACAUGUCUACGAAGGUAGUGAACGUUCUGGUGACCAAGCUCCCCAGUGAUGGCCACCAGAAGGAACCCUCAGGUGAAGUGGUGGUCAACAUAUGUGGGAUCCUCAACAACCUGGUUGCAGGCAGCUCACUAGCAGCGAGAGACAUCACCUUCUUUGAUGGACUCCCCAAACUUUUUGCAAUCAAGUCUUCCCACAAUAGCAGCUCAGGGAAGCUGAAGGCUGCCAAGGCUGCUUCCACAGUACUCUUCAACAUGUUCCAGUACAGCAAGCUGCAUAAAGAUUAUAAACAGAAAGGGUUCACAAAGUGUCACUUCACCGACACGGCCAUUUAGAACAGACGGCUUGGCCCGUUGACUGGAUUCAUAUUCUGGACCUGCUGGUAGAGCCAGCAGGAGGACCCCCACAAUGAACCUGACACAUCUGGUCUCAAAUGGAUGCGUUGAUGGAACCUGAAUAAUUCUGAGGAAUGUAUUUACUGAAUGUAUUUAAGGACGGAGGAGAAGCAGCUUUUCUUUACUCAAUAUAUUUUUUAAAUUAUCACAUUUUAUUGGUCUUUCAAAAUGGACUGCUUUACCAGCUUAAUAUUUGUAUUGUCAUGAGAGUGUGUUGGAUGACUGAGGAAUCUUCACUUCAGGACGGUGUGUGUGCGUGGUUCAUGCCUGUGUGCAUGCAUAUGUGUGAAUGUUUGCUUAGUGGACUCAUCCCGUAAAAGGCAUUGGAUGCCUCUUUUCAUCUCUGGUACCAUAUGGGCUCAACCUGCCAUUCCUGCAAACAUACAGUGAAUACAACCCUCUAGAUGUUAUUAGUUCUACAGUACAUGGAUGCUUCACUGAAAGACAAGAUACAGGAUGGGUGCCCUCCAAACUCCCAUGGUCAUGGUGAAACAAUGUUUUCCGGUUCCAUCCAAGGAGCCUCUUCUGUGUUUAUUUUCACCCCAAAUAACUAACAAUAAACAGCAUCUGACAUGACCAGACAGUUGUUCCCAGUGUAUCCUUUUAGAAUGAAAAUAAAAUUAUCAUUAUCUUA